AUGUCAGAGACUCUCGAGCCGAAAUUGCUGCUUCAAGCCGUUUUUCAUCACGUAGUUCUUCCUUCUAAACUACCUACCAGAAACGACGCGAAUGACUCCGGGCUGGCGUACGAUCUUGGAAGUCGACUUCGGCGCGCCUUGGCCCAGUUCAGUAACGAUCAUAACCAGGACGUUUGGGACGUCCUAGUCAGCUCUAUGAAAGCUACAACAUUUCUGAACCAGGGCCAACUGAUCAGCCACGAACUUCUCCAGAUGUUUCAGGGCAUCGCCAGUGGCAAGGAGAACAUAUGGCUCGCUCUGUUUGUCACUCAACAGAAUUCUGCUUUGCUACUCCAUCGCAAUGACAUUGAAGAAACAGUCGUUUUCGAAGCAUUUCAGACCGAUGCGCCGGUUAAAGAUGUUCUCGCAGCAAAACAUGGCCUCACGUGGGAAUUUCCCUAUCGUUCAGUCCAAGUACCAUUCAAUGUUUUCAGCGACAUGUCCUUCCUGAGAAACCUAUCCCAAUUUUUGGCACAGGCAAGCUGUGAAUCCUUUGAUCAAUUCUCGGCAAAGGCUUCCAAAGGCGGAAAAUCAAUUGCCGAAACCCGCAACUCUACAGAUCCUGCCCUGGUGAUUGACAUGCUCAUGUCACUUUUGGAAGGGCUUGGGAGUGGCUUACAAGUUCAGUCAGUCCGUAAGAAAGUUCGGGAUGACGUUGUACUAGGCUCAUCUGAGAUUCCCUGGAGGCGCUCGCCAUACUGGCUGGUUCUACGUGUAGCAUUAAAACGUAUGCUACGGGAGAUGCUAGACCACGAAUGCGUCGGCAUAGGACGGGUCUAUUAUAAGUUCAUUAUCUGUGCCAUGUUGGCCGAGCUUCUCAAGGACUCUGUCGAAUAUCUGCACCCCGAGAUGACGUUGCAACUUCGAGCAAAGCUCUGCCGCCGCAUGGCAAAACUCAAAACGGAUAGAGCCGCGUCUUCGCCGUCCUUGCGCCCAUUGUAUGACCAACUUUUUGCAUCUACAUCGGGAGACUUUGGAGAUAUCGUGAAGCAUGCAACAGAACGGGUUUCUUUACAAUGGGAGGACUUCAAAGCCAGAGUUACUCGCCGCAUUCCAACUCUUCCGUGUCGUGUUCCGCAAGCUGAUCUAUACAUCAGACUGGAUAACAGUGGCGACUUUCUGCAGUCUCAGCUGUCACAGAAGUUCACUCCCAGGCCCCGUAUCAUCUCUACGGAUUUGCCCAAGCUACAAGAAGGGACAAUUCUCGAAGUUGGACGCCUGGCCGACCGCUAUAUUUCCCUUCAUGACAUUGAAAAUGCGGUAGCUACGAGAAUUGCUGCCACCUCAGAUAAACCUCAAGAACUGUGCAGAACACUGUCUACAGCUAUUAUGGACCUACUUACCAACGUGGGAGACAGCUUCAAUAACAAUUCGACUCUGAUGAGUCGUCACCUUCUUAGACUUUUCGAGCUUUGGACAAAGAUGGAUGAAGCGGCAACCUCUGUGUGUCCAUUACUCAAAGAAUAUCAUCCCCUGUUCGUUCCUGAUGCACUGGAUGUGCUUUGCUUGAUGACCUGGGACGAGAUGGAACGCCUAUUACGAGUACAACAAUACAUUCGCAAUCGUGUGGCUUCACACAGAAAAGACCUGGGUACACUCUUCGAUAGUCCUAGACAAGGGCCAUCGUUUCCUGCCAAAUACGUCUCCUCCACUGUGGCUGGUAGUCAGAUGUUGAUGACCGCCACGCUCAUUGAUGAUGCUUCAAUGACAGCCCGACAAUCAACCCUAUCCGAGCUAGAACGACUGACAAAAAAGUAUGACAGCUUGACACAGUCAAUGAACGACCUUGUCUGUACAUGCGCCGUAUCUCCUACCGGAAAAAAGAUCUCACAUGAUUGCCGAAAAUGUCGGAAAUUUUGGCAACGAAAAAAGCUGAAGAUCAACGUUCAUGAGGACUUUCUCCCAUCAACAGACACUGAUAAGGAUAAUGCCCAACGAGCAGCUAUUCUUCUUGAGCUACUUAUCCCCCAGUACUUAUCUGCCUAUCGUACAGCAACUUGGCAGUUGUAUCUUCUGGGUACCACGGUUCAUUCAAGCACCAAAGCCGUCCCCAAAUUGCUCCUUGAGGAUAUCACCAACAUCAAGAAUUUCUCCCUAGUGAUCAAUAAAACCUUCACGCUUGCUUCGCGCAAGAAAUCAUUCAAGCAAACUCACUACGGCAAGUUGAAAUUGCCAAAAACGCCGGAUCAGGUCACCUUCCCCUUUGGAGCUGAAAUGUCAUACUAUGAUACUGUGUCGGGCCUUUGGGCGGACGAACUCCCUAAGAUCCCAUGGUAUCAGCACCUUCUAGCUCCCUGUCUUCCACAAGGCAUCCUGGAUCCAUAUGAAACGCCCAGGGGGGUUCUAGGCAUGAUUCUUCAUCAUCCCUCUUCUUACGAUGUCGUAGCAAGCGAGUCAUUGGGUUCGCAAUUCACAUCUGGUAACGAUUUCUGUGCCUCACAGCGAGCGGUUUCUGCACGAGGUCGACGCUGGCUCGAGAUUCUGAAGGAACUGGCAGCUUCCAAUUUCGACUUCAGUAGUCGAGCUACAAAUUCCUUCUUCCAUCACCUUGCUAUGCAGGCCGGUCCAGCUGCACUGGAAGUAGGAAUGCUGCGUGAAGUUCACUGGGUGUUCAGCAGUGAAGAGUUCUGUUAUAGACUGAAAGAGCGGCUGGAGGCUUGGAUGGAUACUAUGGAACAGAAUUGGAGACAAGUCGAUCGGAUGAGUACCGUUGUGAUAUUUAGUCUUCGGCUAUAUCACCUUUGUCCGCCGGCAUUUGAAACACAGGCUCAUGAGCUGCUGUUAAGAGUUCGUUCCAUCACCUCAAACUGGAUUCUUCAAUUACAGCAUGAGGUCAGAUCAACGCUUGACGGUGACAUGGCCGGCAAGGCCGCUAUCUUUGCUUUCUGGUCCGCGUUGCUUUGCCGCCAAACAUUCUGGGGAUGUUUAGGUCAUGAUGAAUUUGAAGCAGCGGUGCUCAAAGAUGACCCGUUACCUUUCUUCAGAUCGUCAAUCGCGCUUCAGGAGAACCUGCUUGACAGUUCGGAUAAACUACCCACUCACUUGCGUAAUCUUCUUACCCAAGACGUGUCUGCUUCUUAUCAGAUGAGGAGUAUUGUCGAGAAAUGGGUGGACAGCGACAUUGGCCUGUUAGAGAAGGCAAUUAACGAGACAUGGGCCAAUGCCAACGGCCUCGCUAAGAGGUCUUACUCCCUGUGGCAGAAGCUCCCAGGCAACCACUCGUGGUGGAUUUCGUCUGAAACCGCCCCUAGUGACUCAAUAGCUACACAGAGAGUACAUUAUCAUAUCCUACAAGGCCACUUGCUAGUGGAUCAAAAGCCCCUGGGAAGGCUUCCUCUUGAGAUCAGAGAUGAUGAAUCUAUGAGAGAGCUUUUUGAUGAGCGACACUUACUAACACGACCAUCCGGACUCUUGGACUAUCAGGUCCUGACCGAAAUGGAAGGGCACCAAAUCCAUGUUGGCAUCCGGGAUAGCAAAAUAACAAUCAAAGCUCUAUUCAGAGGCUCCAUUCUCCAAUUCGUCCCGCGUUCCAUGUUGAAAGGUUCCAUGGACUGGGACUUGCCAGCAGACCUAGUUGACGACUGCGUGCACUGGCUUGACUUGACUACUGGAAAUCUCGAGAUGCGUCGUAAGCCGCGAAUCUGGCGACGCAAGCUAUCGAACUGGGUACUCGACAUUAGAAAACGAAGAGCAACCAGAAACAUGAGAGCCAGCCUUGUUGAGCCAAAGUCGGAAAUUGGGAGGAAAAUCGGAAGUAUCUUCCAAGACUUUGAAGACUUCAAGAGGUUGACGAUAUACCAACCUUUCAAUGGAGAGUUAUCCGUUGAACUGAAACGCUUGGAGAUCCGCUUCCAGGUCAACCAGAGAGGUUUACUGCACUGCCCUCAGCUCAAGGCUGAGGUUGACCCUCGGCAAGACCUUGGGACGCUCCACGGACUUCGAAGUGGAGUCACUCUACGCGAUACCUCAAACCCUGAAAGAAGGAGUGUUAUUAUCCCAAUUGGAAGUUUCCAAUGGCAGAGAGAGGGAAUCCAUGUCGCUGUCAGGAUUUUCAAUGAAGGAGUGUACGCUAAAUACACACUGAACUCUGUCCUAGGCCGGCUUGACUGCGCACCCGAGCCACUUCUUCUUUAUCUCAAGGCAGCAAUACAUGCACUAACCUCUUUCCCGUUACUCGAUGAAUUUACUGGGAAGACAGGAACAGAAGAGGCUCGCCAUUGUUUGCUUUCGCCUCGUAGUCAGCCUUGGACUCCAUUGGCGGGCUUUCCACAGAGAAUGCUGUCUGUCAUCAAGUCUCUAUCACCAGAGAGAACUCUUUACCCCCCAGGCAUCAAUCUGUAUCAGAAGGUCCGCUGGGAUGAGCAUUUAACUUCCACGAUUCAACAUGAAGACUUAGCUCCUCUGGUCACUCUGAUUGAACGUCGGUCGCGGGAGCUAGAGAUUUUGAGUAUGACAGAAAGUAUGAGAAAACUUCAGCAAGAAAGUGUAUCAUAUGACACGUCUGUGGCUCGUUUGCGAAUCAGAGGCCUUAUUCGAAGACAGCUUUAUGAGCGUGUCUGUUUUGAUUCUGAUUCGACAGUUCUUUCUCAAGCGGCACAAACAGAUAGCUUUGUACCUCUUCGAGACCCAAAGUCAUCUGUGAAGAACUGCCGAGUUUAUCAAACCAUCCGUGCGAUGAUGGAAUCUGUUACUAGCGCAUUUCGCCUUCCCAAGCUUGCUCCAACUUUGGAAAAAUGGAACACAUUUCCGGGUAUGAAAGAGUCCUUAUCGGAUAUCGAUUUAGCGGCGAGUCUAGAGGUUGGAGCGCCACAACUUUGGGGGGGACUUGUUCGGAAGCUCCAUGAAAAAGACUCCACGAGAACUUACGACAACCAUUUUUCCCUAGCUUUGUUAGCGUUUGACGACAACGUUGACAUAGUCGUCAUAAGGUGGCUCGUAGCACUCUUCAAAAGUAGUAGGUUGAGUCGCAUCCAGCCGCCUAGCCAUACCCUGUUCACAAACUUCCGCCUUUUUGAAGAACCGUCCAAAGAUUUGCUUUUGUCACUAGUGCUCCCAGAACCAUUCAAUAAUGAUAUGAACGGAUCGGUGCUCAAGAACGAUCGUAAGAAAGACGCGGUGUUAAGAAUAAUCUCUCACAUUCUCAAGAUAUGGCCAAAUCCACCUCUUUCCCGACAAGAUUUCGAAUUAUCAGUCAAAGGCCUAACCUCGAAUGUCAAGGACUUUAGUCUGAAGAAAACAUGGCAGAAGCUCUACCCCGAGCUUCGAAGACUCAAGUGUAAUUGGGAGCUGUCUGUUUAUCUCCUUGAACUGGAGAGCGCAGCAGACAUGUUGCUAGACGAUCAAUCGAGGACGGAGCAAAAAGCAUACCAAAACGUCUGGACUUCAAAGCCAAUACCUCCGAAAGGCAGGAACUCAGAGAGACCCAGGGGACACCUUAUGGCUCAGGUUUCGGUGUCAGAUUUGCUAUCGAGGCUUAAAAUUCACAACAGGCCAAAUUCGGACUCUCAAUCUUGGUUGGAAGAACGAGAUCACUCCUCAGUGAGAAGUUGCAGCUCCCAUCUUCAGUUCCAGGCUUCAGAGUUACCUGUAGCUCAAAGACCGGAGUUUGAUACCCUUCAAGGGAUCAUACGGAGGCUCGUCACUUCCCCCAUUACGUCACAACGGGCUUAUGGGGAGGACCUUUUAGUGUCACUCAAUGCUUUGGCCCUAGCCCAACAAAGUCGAAAAUCACUUCAUAGCAGACCACAUAUGGCUUCAGUCAAAAGAGAAAUUACUCGUUGCCGCCAACGAUUACGAGAGCAACAAGAUAAAAUAGGACAUUCAGUUUCACAAGGUGAUGAGGGCUUCGCGUGGUUUUCAAAAGGCCAACUUUGGCCCUGCUUCUCACCAGUAGCAAUUCUUGAACAGCUAAGGAAUGGCAAUAGAUUGCUAUUGCCUCAUGCAUUAAUCAACAGGAUAUUAGAGUAUGGGGUGCUUAUUACGCGCCUUCAGCGUUACUUGCGGAUAGAAGAUGCAAUUCUACGCAGAGAUGAUAUUUGGUUGGAGGAGAAUUUUGAGGCCGAGGGACACUCCAACUGGAAUCCGCUCAAGUACCCAGAAUGGCUUCUCUUAGAGAUCGACAGCAACAUGCUGAUUCGACCUGUCCAAUUCGAAGUAGCCAAUGCUAUCAUCUCACCAUCAUCGAUGUCGAAUUCUGUUUUACAGAUGAACAUGGGUCAAGGUAAAACUUCUUGCAUCAUGCCCAUGGCUGCAAUAAUGUUGGCAGACACGAAGAAUCUGUGCCGACUGGUUGUGCCCCGAGCCCUUCUCCUCCAGACAGCGCAAAUGAUGCAGAGCCGACUUGGUGGGCUGGUUGGUCGAGAAGUUUGCCACAUACCCUUUGCUCGACGAUCACCUACCGAUGACCAGGCUCUAGACCUUUACCAAAGUCUUCACAAGAGAACUCUCGCAUCAGGAGGAGUCAUGCUGUGCUUGCCAGAACACCUACUUUCCUUCAAGCUAAGUGGGCUCCAGAAGCUGGCCGACAAAGAAGCAAAGAAAGCGCAAAAAAUGAUGGACAUCCAAGCAUGGUUGGAAUCAUCGAGUAGAGAUGUCCUCGAUGAGUCUGAUCUCACUCUUUCGCCAAAGACUCAGCUGAUAUAUCCAAGCGGUAUACCCACCAUGAUUGAUGGUCAUCCUCAACGAUGGCAUGUUAUCGAAGAUAUGCUAUAUUUGGUUGAAUCCCAUGUACCCCAACUUCAGGCCAAGUUUAAAGAUGGGAUGCAGGUAUGGCGACGACACCGGGGCUUUCCUGUCAUUCACCUCCUGCGUUCUGAGGUGGAAGACCAUCUUAACGCUCUUCUAGUGGAUGAUGUCUGUCAUGGUCGACUCUCACAUGUUCAAUUCAAAGCUGAUAAUAACCUGGAUGCCACAAGCCCCGUCAAACUGCUACUCUCAACUACUCAACCUUCCGCAUCUAUCUGGGGAGAUGCAAUUGGGUCAUUGAAUGAUGAACCCUAUGGUAGAAAGACUCUCUAUCUUCUUCACGGGCUCAUUCCUCAGCGGUUGUUGAUUCUCUGUCUGAAGAAGUCGUGGAAUGUUCAGUACGGUCUUCAUCCGGACAGAGCUCCCAUCGCAGUGCCAUUCGAAGCUAAAGGAAUCCCUUCGCAAACUGCCGAGUACGGUCACCCAGAUACGGCGCUUGUUCUCACAUGUUUGAGCUUUUACCACGCUGGUUUGAACAAAUCUCAACUUCUCCAGAGUCUUCAGUUAAUCAGCAACUCUGAAGAUCCCUCCUCACACUAUCAACGCUUUGCGGCCUCAAGACACCUUCCUGAACACCUUGAACAUUGGCAUCAGCUGGAGAUGGAAGACGAGGCUCAGGUCACUCUUCUCUGGCAAUACCUAAGGUUCGAGAAGCAUGUCGUCAAUCAUUUCUUGAAUAACUUUGCGUUUCCACAACACGCCAAGCAGUUUGGGGUAAAGUUCCAAGCCUCAGCCUGGGACAUCCCCCUGCUAUCCGAGAGUAUGAUACGGCAAGGUAUGACAACAGGGUUCAGUGGGACCAAUGACAACAAAAACAUACUGCCGCGUACGAUUCGUCAAGACGAUCUGUCCACUCUCAUACAAACCAACGCUGAAGUUCUGGUACAUCUGCUGGAGCCACGCAACCAAAGAUGCUAUCAAGCUAUUGAUCCACACGGACGGCAUCUCAAUGAGAUUGGGAUAUUGGAACUGCUCCAGAACAACGGGAUCAAUAUCUUGAUAGACGCGGGGGCCCAGAUCCUUGAGAUGGAGAACGACCAACUGGCUGCGGCCUGGCUUGAUGUCCAUCACAAAGCCCAGGGGGCGGUGUAUUUUGCUAAAGACAGCCGUAUUAUGGUACGAGCUCGUUUCCAAAAGUCUCCCGUGCCACUUCUGGCUAGUUCCUUUGUAGACAAUCUCAACGAAUGUGUAGUCUAUAUCGACGAGGCUCACACGCGCGGGACUGACUUGAAGCUUCCAAUAUAUGCCCAGGGAGCCGUGACAUUGGGAAUUGGUUCGACUAAAGACCAGGUAACGCAAGCUGCAAUGAGAUUGAGACAACUCGCGACAACGCAAUCAAUCGCAUUUAUUGCCCCCCCCGAGGUGUAUACAAGUGUUCUGUCUCUUCGAUCCGCCCAUAGACCAAAAAUUGCAGCUUCGCAACCAUUGAAGUCUACCGACAUUGUCCACUGGCUCCUGGAGCAAAGUUGCGAGGCUAGUGACAAUAUGAUGUCCUUGCACAUCGCCCAAGGAUUCGACUUUUGCAGACGUACAGAUGCUCUAUUGGAGUUUAGAAAGUCCUCACAGAAAAAGAAGAAGAGAGACAAGCUCCUCCAGGAAACUCAACAGCCCGAGGGACAGACAUUGGAACAGCUCUAUGGGCCAAAGGGGAGAACAUCGUCAACCGCUUUGAAAGCAUUCAAUUCAACACAUUUACAAAGUUUUGUCAAAGAGCUACAUGAGCUGGAGGCGGAUCUAGUCAAAUACCAAAGGAGAGCAUGUUCCUCAGCUUUUGAUGAGGUGGAGCAGGAAAGAGAAGUUGAAUUUGAGGUUCAUCAGCUUCGUGAGAAGCAGAACCCUACACAUCUUACGGCACUUACGUUUCCUGGCCUCGACAAUGCCCUAGUCCAAUUUUGUGAUGAGUCUGAAGUAGAGCUGGCUAGCCUGCAUUUUAUUUCAGCUCUUGACUUAAUUGGCAAUACCUGUCUUGGACUUAAAUAUGGUGUCAAGGGAACUUCCUCGAAACUGUUGGUCUCUAAGGAGUUCUCUAGAACAGUUCAAACCCGGAAGGCUGAGGUUUCCCGUCAUCUUAUGCGACCAGUUGAAUGGGUACUCUGGAGACCUGAUAUCGAAACAGCCUUAGUCGUGAUUCCUGAGGAGGCUGAGCUCCUUCUUCCAAUACUCCGUAGGAUACAAACCCCCACGACUUUUCUUCUUACGUACACAUCCCCAUUUACAAGAUCUCUUUUGGAGGUUGGCACCCUUGCGUACUAUCCGGUACCGACUCCAAAGAAUGAACUUGUGAUCCCUUCUUGGCUGAGCAUUGAGAUCGGACUCAUGGCCGGUCGAUUGUAUCUUCCUUACGAUCAGUAUACGCAGCUACGCAGCUGCCUCAAAUUUGACGAAAGGGCAGAACCUUUGGUAAUAAUUGAUGAUGUUCAUCAUGUCAGAAAACACAUCCUUCCCAAUUUCGGUAUUCUCAGCCCUCAAUCGCUCUCAAGGUUCCUAAGCGAGUGGAUUCCAUAUCGGUCUCGGUCAUCUGAUAUUACGCACACGCCGAUGGGAUACCUAAUUGAGAAUCGGGAUCUUCCUGACAAUCACCCAUUCUUUACUUCUAGACUCAAAUCGAGGGUUAUAGAAACAAGAUCAGUAGCUGAUCAUCAAGCGCCGAUUAAGAAUGCAGGAACUGAAGGCAGCGAUGAUGAAAGCGAAUAG